AUGUUUAUAUUCUUUCCGGAAAAACAUUAUUUUUUUGUUCUCAACUUUGUUUAUUACACUUUCCGGAAUGUUUGUAGUAUUGUGAGUUAUAUUCUUAAUGUUUUUAAGUUUCCCCUGUUUGUCUAUUUGUUUUCCGGAAUGUUUUUUUAAAUAAACGAAUGUUUCUGUUUCAUCAAUGUUUAUAUCAAAGUUUAUAUUCUUUCCGGAAAAACAUUAUUUUUUGUUCUCAACAUUGUUUAUUACACUUUCCG